AUACAGCCACGGAAGGCCAACAUAAUCCUUCUAACCAACCUAACAUUACAUCACCCCAUACUGAAUCUCAACCUAGUACAGACCCUAAUGAUGAAAGCCUUUUGACAAAAGUAACAAACAUGGGUUCGUCCGCUUUAGGUAGGGUUUUUGGCUCAAUUCCUUUUGGUGAUAAAUCCCAGCAAUCCAAUCAAACAAAAAUGUCUGAAGGAGGCUCGUCUGCUUUAGGUGGUGUUGGCGUAAAUCCUCAUGGUGAUGAUUCAGGCUCACCAUCCCACCUAUCUUCUGAAUCUCCUAAAGGAGAAGUUGACACGUCUCAUACUCUUAAGCCACAAAAAAGAGCUGAUCCAAAUUCAACAAAUCUCGAUGUAAAAGCAAUUUUACCUGAAACGCGUACUAAACAUAAAAAAACAUUUGAUUUAACGGGUGAUUAUAAUCAAGCGAAAGAAAACGAACAAAGGGCCGACGAACAAGAUAAACGUGACCACAAACCAUCCGGAGAACAUCAUCAUCAAGAAGCUAAAGAUAAUAAGAAACACGAAUCAAUAGAUUUAGGUGUAAAACCACUUCAUAAGCAGCCACCUUUGCCUUAUAGACCCCUACAUGAUGAAACCGGUUCCAAAGGUCAUGCAACUUCUCACGUGCCUCCCAAAGAUCAUGCAACUCCUCACGUGCCUCCCAAAGAUCAUGCAACUCCUCACGUGCCUCCCAAAGAUCAUACAUCUCCUCCUGUACUUCCUCUCAGAGUUCCUGAUCGUUCUGUUGAUGAACAUCAUCAAGGUGAUGGAAACGAUGAUCUUGAGGGUCAUAAAAUAUCAAGAAAAGAAAAAGUCAACGCCACUAUUGAUAGAGCUGUUGGAACUUUGAAGCAGAAACUUGGUAAACUGGUUAAAAAUGAUCAAAUGGUUUCAAAAGGCACAGAUCAAAAAUCUGAGGCAGAUAAGAAUCUUUCAAAAUUCCGAAUAAAUAUGCGUGACACAAAGGAUCGUGCAAGGAGACGUCUUGCCCUUAGAGGGUUCGAUGUUUCUUCUAAUUAA